AUGACGGAAGCUACUUCCGACACCCCGGAGUCAAGAAUAGAAGAGGACAGGAAAUUAUUUAAAGAAUAUCUGAAGUCCCUCCUGAAGGGUGAGGAGAAAGUCGAAAUUCUAAAGGCAUUCCGAAUGGGUCGUAUAACCGAAUCAAAAGAUGAACAACGCCAACCAAGACCGUUGAAGGUUGUCCCGAAGACCGGAUUUUUCCCCCACAGAGCGGGAGAAAUUGAGGUUACUCAAAGUAGAACUCCACAGGAGAUGCGAACUCGGCGAGAACAAUCUCCGAAUUCUGAGCGGGGAGAUCAUGCCUGCCCAGAGGUCACUUCUCUGGAGAAGGCCGAUAACAAUAACAGCCUAGUCGGGAUGGACAACAGUCCGUCUCCAUCAGUACCGACAGCUCCCUGCAUGCCAUCUCACGCUAGAUGCAAACGCCUGCAUAACGUGGUGACUAAGUCUAAAUUGAGCUUUCUGCAUACUGAUGCCCAAACUCUUCCCUCAAAAAUUGAUAAACUGUAG